UUGUCGGACUCAGCUUGUAUUCACUGGCAGAAAAUUCCAAACUUCGUCUUGAAAAAUUCAAAACAUCUUUUGAAAUUUUGUAAGACGAAUCAUUUCCGAUGGCAGGCAGCUACCAGAGAAAAGAACGAUAUGAACAGGAGAUGCGACGUAAAUUGGAAGGAGAUUUCAGCUCCUUAACUGUCUCUGAGGCUUAUCGCAGAUGUUUAAAUAUCCUUGAGAAAGGAGUGGAAGAGGGCAUGAAAAGAGGUUCCCCCAACUUUGAAACUAUUCGUAUGAACAGGAUGAAUUUAAAAGAACUUUCUCCACCAGUCCAAAUUAUGGAUUUUGGGGGAGGAACAGGAACCCCCAUGUCAGCCAUAUGUGAAAAGCUUCACGCUCUCAACAAAGAUGCCAUCGUCAGCGUGGAAGAACCUCAUAAAGAGUCCUUGCAGAAAUACAAGAAAUGCAUUGAGGACUUGGAUAAUGCUACUCUGAAUGUGGCCUACUCUGGACGGUUCCAGGAUUACUUCGGGAAGUCUGUGGAAGAGCUGAGGUCCAUUGGAACGUAUCCUGAAGAAUUACAGGACAGGGUACUAGCUAUACAUUCUAUGUAUCAUCUUACACGUUGGUUGGAUGAUUCCUGUGAUCCUCAUGGAGACAUCAAGCGAGCUGUCAUUGCCAUGUAUUCCAUCCUCAAGCCCGGGGGUAUGUUGGUUAUAGAGUUAGAUGGUGGGAAAAACGACUUCAUUUGGAAAACCUCUCUGCGUUGUUGUGAGAUUCUGUGUCCUGAAAAAUUCGCCAAUUUUAGGAGGGUAGGGGAAGCCAGGCGUUCUUUGCUAUUUCAAGGCGGGAUUGUAAAUAUUUUGAACGAAGCAUUCCCAAUGGUGAAGGGUUUAAUAACGCACGACGAGAUCCCCAAAGGUUUUGUUCUAUCGUCAUUGGCAGAGGUCGGAGCCUAUGUCUCAAUUAUCUUCUGUGACGGUUGGUCAGGAGACUCUUCCAAGUUUGAUCAUCGUAUGUUGUCAUUUUGUAUGGACUUCAUCCAGAGAGAGGGCAGCAAGUAUGGCCUUUCCCAAGAAGAAGAUGGAAUGUGGCGAUCGUCAAAUAUGACUCAUUUUAUCACUAUUAAGAAAGCUCAACAGAUGUAG